GUCGGGGCCGGGUCGGGGCCGGGACCGCCAUGAACGCCUCGGUGGUGAAGCGCACGCAGGAGGCCCUGGGGAAGGUGAUCAAGAAGCCGCCGCUGACGGAGAAGCUGCUGAGCAAGCCUCCGUUCCGCUACCUGCACGACAUCAUCACGGAGGUAAUUAGAAUGACUGGUUUUAUGAAGGGUCUCUACACAGAUUCUGAGCUGAAAUCUGAUAAUGUUAAGGAUAAAGAUGCAAAAAUUAGCUUCCUUCAGAAGACCAUAGAUGUUGUGAUAAUGGUUUCAGGAGAACAGUUGUCUGUGAAACCAGCGAGAAUUGUGGCAGGACACGAACCAGAGAAAACGAAUGAACUGCUCCAAGCGAUUGGAAAAUGCUGUCUCAAUAAGCUCUCAAGCGAUGAUGCUGUGAAAAGAGUUCUCGCUGGAGAGAAAGGAGAUACGAAGGGAAAAUCUCCUCUCACCUCAAAAGCCCAAGAGCUGGAUAAUAAGGAGUUUAAGGAAGAAGAACUACGGAUUCAUAAAGAGAAAGAGGAGAGAAGGAACUCUGAAAUCAAAGACAGAAGCACAAGCCGAGAACGCAAACAAAGAGAAGAGUCUAAAGAUGAAGAAAGCAAACAGAGAGAAAAGGACAGAGACAAAGAACGAGAGAAGAGCAAGGACAAUGACCGGGAGAGACACAAAGAUCUAGACCGGGACAAAGUGAGAGACGGGGAGAGAGACAGAAAUAAGAACAGAACCAAGCAGGAACGAGAGAGAGAGAAAAGCAGAGACAAAGACAGAGGCAACAAAGACCGAGAGUUAGAACGAGAUAAGGACAAGGACAGGAAGAAUGAUGGCGUGAAAGAAAAGGAGAGGUUGAAAGAAAGGGAGAGAGAGAGGGAGAGAGAUAGAGACAAGGGGAAAGAAAAGGACAGGGAAAAACGAAGAGAGAGGCUGAAAGAUGGGGAGCACUCAAGGGAACAUGAAAAGGAGAAAAUGAAGGAGCAGGAAAAACCAGAAAAAAAGGCUACAAGCACAGUGGAGAGCUUGUCAAAAAAAUUCUCAGAGUCGUCUGUCAAAGACACCAGAGUGGAAAUGGACAAAGAGCUUGACCUUGCCAACCGAGUAUCUAGGUCAUUGACAGCAAAAGGAUCAAGAUGGAGAUCCAAAAAUCCAGUAGAAGGAAGAAGGGAGGAUAAUAUUGUCUCAGCUAAGACUAUUUCAGACCCAAUCAUGAUUGGGCUGAUUAAAGAGCCGGAGCAACAGAUGGCAUCACCCGAGAUAGGAAGAAGGGAAGCUAAUAGUAAUUCAGCUAGCAUUUCAGACGGCAGCCCAGCUAGCGUGUGGCAUGAAAACGCUGAGCCCGAGCCCACAGCCAAGCUGAAAGGUGACUCCACUGGUGAUGCAGAAGGAGAAGUCGGAAUGGUUACCCAGGAGAAGCCGGUGAUUUCAGAAAAUGCAGAAAUGCCCAAUGAGCUUACAGCUGGCAUCCCUCAGAGAAGAAUGCCUCGGCCUGGCAGUGCCCGGCCAGCCCCGCCUCGAAUCAAGCUACAAGAAAGCGUCGAAGUCUUGGUUCCGGAGAGGACGGGCAGUGGGAAGAUGGUCUCCAACGUGAUUAUCGACUCCCAGAACUCAGACGACGAGGAGGACAGCCAGUUUGUGGUGGAGGCCGCCCCCCAGCUCUCCGAGAUGCCAGAAAUGGACACGACGCCAGCCGUCGAAUUGGAGGAAGACGAGAAGCACGGUGGACUCGUUAAAAAAAUCUUAGAGACCAAGAAAGAUUAUGAAAAACUCCAACAGUCCCCAAAGUCUACAGAGAAGGACAGACCGCUUCUGCUGGAGGCAGCCUGGAAGAAGGAGAAGGACAUUGUGUCCAAGGAGAUCGAGAAGCUGCGGACGUCAAUCCAGACGCUGUGUCGGAGCGCUCUGCCCCUGGGGAAGAUCAUGGACUACAUCCAGGAGGACAUGGAUGCCAUGCAGAACGAGCUGCAGCUGUGGCAUGCGGAGAACAGGCAGCAUGCCGAGGCCCUGCAGAAGGAGCAGAGCAUCACAGACUGUGCAGUGGAGCCGCUCAAGGCAGAACUGGUCGAACUAGAACAGCUGAUUAAGGACCAGCAAGACAAGAUCUGUGCGGUGAAGGCCAACAUCCUGAAGAACGAGGAGAAGAUCCAGAAGAUGGUCUAUAGCAUUAACAUCAGCUCCCGCAGGUGAAGGCCUGACAGUGACUUGGAGCCCCACCCAUUUUCAAAUAAAAGGGAGAGAUGUGUGUACUAUAGAAAGCUGUGUCCUUCCAGCACUCACAGGCUGCUAUGUCAUCAGCCCACGGUGUGACCGAGCUUUCGCUGUGUGGCGAGGGGGACACCCUGGGCGUUGGGGUGUGAGCAUUUGCUAGUGACAACCAGUCCCCCUUCAACGCCACCCCCAGGCUUCCUCUGCUGGCCAUUUGCUCGGCCAUUUCCUCUGGGAAGUUAUGGAAAGUCUGCUGCGCUAUUGCUACGAAUGACUAAGUCAUUCCUUUCUUUUCAUCGUCUGAGACCAGGUCCCAAAUUAAAAAAUGGUUUGUGUCCUAUGAGUGUUAGGGGAUUGUUAGAGGUCAAGCACAGAGAAGCUUGUUUCCAGGGUAAAUGAAUGUUUAUAUGAUAGUCACUUUUAUAAGGAGAACAAAAAGGCCUUUAAAACGCUGAAAACAAACUCCUGUUUGUGUCUGCAUUUGGAAGGGUUUUCUCUAAGUGCACAUAUGCCUUUAAAUACUCGUCUGCUUCAUGCUUUUUACCUAAUUCUAACUGCAGAUACUCCUCUGUACCAUUUUCCCGUUGGUUCCUUGCAUGUCUUAAAAGUUAAUGAUUUUUUUUCAAAUUUCACAUUUUUCUGGAUAUCAUAUUCCUAAUAUGGAAUUGUCCACAUCCACUCUCUUCUCUGCCACACAUGUGCAUUGCCACUGGCCAGGAGCUCUCUGUGAGGCAGCCGUCCCCAUCCUCUGAGUUCAGUAAAGAGCUCGGUCUCACCUGGCCCAAGUGGUGUUCUGGUGCCUUUGCUUUUGUCUGUAGGAGGAUCGUUCACAAAAUGCAAGGGACUCCAAAGAGAAAACCAAAGUGGACAGCCUGUUAUUAAGUACUACUAUAUUACAAUUUCCAGAAAACUUCCUUUUUUAAAAGCCCAUCUUUUUUUAUUAUUUAUAUUAAGUUUUGCAUUUUCCUACAACAUUGGAGAAACUUACAAAAGUCUUUAAGUUGCUGGAUAAAGGAUCUCACUGUAUUUGGAUACACACUUACUGGUUUUUUAUUCUGUCUCCUGCUAGUUAACGUUUCUGAAUUUCUGAUUGCUGAGUUAUUAUGUACCUGCACUAAGGACAGCCCUGUUCACCAUUACCAUUGUCUGAUCCAAAGCUGACUUCUUUAGGAAUGACUCCUGAUGGCACAGUUGAGUUUGCCCCCUGGCAUCGACAGAUGAGCCAUGUACUAAAGCUAUCACAUGGCGAUCUGGAUGGAAGAGCCCAAAGAAGGUCACGAGAUUCUCUCCUUUCAGAGUGGAGGCCUCUGGGCCUCUUCCCAUAGAGAAUCUUCCAGUUCUAGGGAGCUAACCCUUCCCUGGCCUAUUGCCUCCAACAUGCUCCCCGGAUGUUCACAUCUGCCCAUGGCCUCUUCUACACUGGAUGGCAUGGCAAAGCGGCGCUAAGAUGACCCCUGUCAUGCUUUGGGACAAGAUGCCUUUUAUGCCUUUUAUGAAUCUGUAAAUAUGACCAGAAUUGUUGUGUAGAAAGAAUGGCAAAUAUAGUGUAUGUGCAUAAAAAUGUGUACAAAGUAGGGUCUCAAAAAUUGUAUCAUAAAAUUUAUUUUUCUUUUAUAUAUAAUUCAUUGAAAAACAAUCACCUAUUUUUUCUAUGAAGCGUAUGAGUUGUACAGUUCAGUUCACACCUGGAAACAUUAUUUAUAAGCAUUUGAAUUAUCUUUUUGGAAAUUUGUGUAUUUUAUUUUGUUCUUGUAUGAAAAGUUCAGGGAAAUCCUUUUUCACGUUGAUACAAUGACAUUUCCCUUCUCUGAAUUAAAUGAAGUUUCCUCUAAGACGGACGAACAUUUAUCACAAGUUCUAAGACCAUUAAUGAUGUUCUUGGGUAUCAGUUCAGAUGAUUAUUUUCUGUCUCUUAUUAUAUACUGAUUAAGUCCUUGCCUUGUUUAGUAUUUUGAAAAGAUACACAAAUGAGAUCACCUAAAUGCUCUCCCCAGUUAGAAACUUCGGUCUGUAAUUUUUCCGUGAACUCUGAAAUCACACCGUACAGGGAUUUGCGUAAAAAGUGACUUGGUGUCCCCAAGGGUGAGUCUGGGAAAGCGUGGGUGAGAUGGACUCUCCAUCUCUCAGCCAGCCACUUUUACAGGGAAAUAGUGACCAAUGGCCCACACAGAACUGACUCAGGACCCCCAGCGAGGCCUUGUCGGGGAUGGGUGUGCUGCGUUUUCCAGAAUGAAUGGAUGACGAGUCUGUUCUGUCUUUCGGUGGGGAGAUGAACCUGAAGUACCCACAGGUUAAACUUUGCCAAAUAAACUGUCCACAAGA